CAUGUGCCAUGUGUAGGUCACAGGAUUUUGGAGUUUGAAUGAUUCCUCUCUAGAUGCAUCAAAAACUAUUUGUCAAGAUCGUUUCCAGCUAGUUUUUCCUUAUUUGUUUGUUAACUUUCUUGAGCAAUAAGAAAUGAGGCCGUUACACUUGUCCCAAUGUUUUUCAGAUAUAAAUAUGAGACCAGUGUGUCUCACAGCACUGGUGUCAACAGCACUGAGAGCAUCCUGCCCUGUAUGUCCAACCACAGCAUGAUUGAUGCAGAUGAGACACCUGAUUUAGCGUCCAGAACAGCUUGUGAAAAGGCAGCUGGCUCGUCCAUGUGGAUUUAUGUUUUCCUGGGAAACAUGUUGCGUGGGAUUGGAGAGACUCCCAUCAUGCCUCUGGGAGUGUCUUACCUGGAUGACUUCUCUAGAGAGGAGAACACUCCGUUCUAUUUAGCCUGCAUCCAUACAGUGGGAAUCUUAGGACCUAUGUUUGGGUUUAUGCUCGGAUCCUUCCUUGCCAAGAUCUACGUGGACAUUGGAUCUGUGGAUUUAGACAGUGUGACCAUUAACCAUAAGGAUUCCCGCUGGGUGGGGGCCUGGUGGCUGGGCUUCAUAGUGACAGGCACAGUGAUCCUGCUGUCAAGUAUCCCCUUCUGGUUCCUGCCAAAGUCUCUGCCCAAGCAGGGGCAAGAGCAGAGCCAGGCACAGAGUAAAGGCACAGAGCUCGCCACAGUAGCAGAACAGGAGAAUUUCCUGCCAGAGGAAAACCAGGAUCAUGAGGAGAAAGAGAAGCCAGUUACAUUCCAGGAGCUGGCUAAAGACUUCAUUCCAUCUCUGAAGAGACUCUUCAGGAACAGCAUCUUCUCACUGAUGAUCCUCACUUACCUGGUGGCUGUCAACGGCUUCAUCGGCAUGAUCACCUUCAAGCCGAAGUAUUUGGAACAAAUCUACGGCCAAUCUGCCUCCAAGGCCAUUUUCCUUAUAGGUAUACUGAACCUGCCAGCAGUAGCUUUGGGCAUCAUCACCGGAGGUUUCGUGCUAAAGCGUUUUAAACUGGGCAUCAUUGGAGCAGCCAGGGUGUCUGUAGCUGCCUCUUUCGGAUCGUUUUGUCUGUUUUGCGUUCAGGUCUUCAUCCACUGUGAAAAUGCAGAGGUGGCUGGUCUCACUGUCUCAUAUCAAGGGGUUCCUGAAGUGUCCUACAACCAACAGACUUUGCUGUCACAGUGCAACAUGGGCUGCUCCUGCUCAAUGAAGCACUGGGACCCAGUAUGCGCCUACAAUGGCAUGACGUAUGCCUCUCCCUGCCUGGCUGGCUGCCAGACCUCCUCUGGCAUUGGCAAGGAAAUGGUGUUUCAUAACUGUUCCUGUGUUGGGGAGAUGAUGAGUCCAGGCAUGAACAUGUCUGCAGUGCUGGGCCAGUGCACCAGGAAGAGUGACUGUGAUCGUAUAUUCAAAAUCUACAUGGCUUUGUCCGUACUGGGAUCCUUCAUAUCUGCCUGUGGAGGCACGCCGGGAUACAUUGUACUGCUCAGGUCCAUACAGCAAGACCUGAAGUCAUUGGCCUUGGGAAUGCAGACACUGAUUGUAAGAACUCUGGGGGGCAUCCCUCCUCCUAUAUAUUUCGGAGCACUCAUUGAUCGGACCUGUUUGAAGUGGGGCACCAAACAGUGUGGAGGUCAAGGAGCAUGUAGACUCUAUGACGCUACUGCAUUUAGAAUUACAUUUAUGGGGCUGAUUACUGGACUCUACUUCCUGUCCAACACGCUGUGGGGAUGCCUCUACCUGAAAAUCGUCAAGAGACAGAAGAAGUUGGCUCUCAGGAAUCAAGCCAAAGAAAAUGGACUGGAGGGUAACGGAGUCAAUGGACACGCCAAUAUCAACAUUGCCAAAAGCACAGAAGAUACAGACAAAGAAAGCACAAUUUAAGGUGUUUUGUAGUGUAGGAGGAACGACACAGAUUUUCCAUAGCCUACGUACUGUACUGCAUCCAUACUGGACCAAAUGUGGUAACGGUACAGUGUCAGCGCUCUUUGGUCAAGCAGUAUGUCUCUUUUUUUAUGCAGAUAUUGUGCCCAAAACAUCACCUACUGUUUGCUCACUUUAAAAGUCAAAGAUCCUGACUAGAACUUAUUGUAAAAAAAAAAAAAAAAAAAUCAAAUCAUAAUAAA